AUGAUAGGUAUUGUUUCCACCGGGGUAGCAUUCCAUCAUGCCGGCCUUGAUAGCUCUGAUAGGCAUACCAUUGAAACCAGCUUUCUGAAUGGCCAAAUAAAUGUUAUAUGUUGUACGUCAACAUUAGCUGUUGGUGUGAAUUUGCCAUGUCACCUAGUGGUCAUCAAAAACACAGUAUCCUGGCAAGAUGGUGGUUGCAAGGAGUAUGCGGACUUAGAGAUGAUGCAAAUGCUAGGCAGAGCAGGGCGACCGCAGUUUGAUGACAGUGCAAUCGGAGUUAUACUAACCCGGAAGGAGAGAGUAGCCCAUUACGAAAAGCUUGUUUCUGGCUCUGAUCCUCUUGAGAGUUGCUUACAUCUAAACUUAAUAGAUCACCUCAAUGCUGAAAUAGGUCUCGGUACGGUUACAGACGUCGAAUCGGCAAUUCGAUGGCUUCGAGGAACUUUCUUUUUCGUUAGACUACAACGAAAUCCCACCUAUUACAAAUUAAAAGAAGGUGGUAACAGGGCUGAUGAAGAGGAAUUGCUACGGCAGAUUUGCGAAAAGGACCUGGAACUCCUCCAGGAAAAUGACCUAGUGACACCAGAGCCUCCGUUCAAAUCCACAGAGCUUGGAGAUGCAAUGGCUCGGUAUUAUGUGAAGUUUGAAACCAUGAAACUGUUUUUGUCUCUGCCUCCAAAAGCAAAAAUGUCUGAAAUACUUUCGGUCAUUGCUCAAGCAGAUGAAUUCCGGGAUAUCCGGCUAAAGCCUGGGGAGAAAUCUCUGUACAAGGAGAUAAACAAAGCAAAUGGCAUCAAAUUCCCUAUAAAAACGGACAUAAAUCUUUCGGCUCAUAAAAUAACACUCCUGAUUCAGUCUGAGUUGGGUGCUGUGGAACUUCCAUCUGGCGAACAAUUUCACAAACACAGAUUAUCGUUUCAACAGGAUAAAAGCCUGGUCUUCUCUCACAUCAACCGAAUCAUCCGCUGCAUCAUUGAUUGCCAAUUAGCUCAUGGAGAUUCAGUAAGCGCGAGACAUGCUCUUGAGCUAUCCCGGAGCCUAGGAGCAAAAGCCUGGGAUGACUCUGUGUUACAACUCAAGCAAAUAGACCAAAUCGGGAUCGUGGCAGUUCGGAAAUUUGCAAGCGCUGGCAUCACAAAUAUGGAGCAGCUAGAGGCUGCGGAACCAAUUCGUAUUGAAACUAUACUGUCAAGGAAUCCGCCCUUUGGCAUGAAAUUACUGGCUCGAGUAGCCGAAUUUCCAAAGCCAAGGGUUUCUUUGAAAGAACUCGGGAAGGAUAUUAAACCAGGGAAAACUCCACAAGUUAAAUUCAGAGCAGACAUUGGAUUUGUCAACGAGAAAACUCCUCUUUAUUUCCAAAAGCGUCAGGUUUACGUAUGCUUUUUAGCAGAGAUUUCUGACGGCCGGAUCAUCGAUUUUCGACGUUUUCAGUAA